AUGAAAGGAAUAGCUCGUUCGUUUGUUUACUGGCCGGGAAUCGACACAGACAUUGAGAAGACAGCGAAAUCUUGUGCAGAGUGUGCUCGUCAGGCACAUGCUCCCUCCAAGUUUAGUGAACACCACUGGCAGUACCCCAAUGGCCCGUGGGAAAGGAUACACAUAGACUAUGCUGGUCCAGUGGCAGGUUCAAUGUUGCUGAUUAUAGUUGACGCGUACAGUAAGUGGUUAGAGGUGAAAGUCACAAAUUCAAUGACAACAGCAGCAACGAUUGGCAUUAUUGAUGAGUUAUUUUCUCGUUAUGGAGCACCUGUUACCAUUGUGUCAGAUAAUGGGCCGCAAUUUACCUCUGCGGAAUUUAAGGAGUUUUUGCAGAAUAGCGGCGUCAAGUUCCACAAACUCUCGGCCCCCUAUCACCCUGCAACGAAUGGCCAAGCAGAACGUUACGUGCAGACAACAAAAGACGCUCUGAAGGCAAUGGGAACUACUGCAUCGACGUUGCAGUCCAACUUGAACAACUUUCUGCAGAGAUAUCGCAUAGCUCCUCAUGCUACCACUGGAGAAUCGCCAUCCAAGCUGUUUAUGGGACGGAACAUUAGGACACACCUAGACCUGCUAAAGCCCGAAGACGUUCGCCAGAAAGUAUCGAUGAAGCAAGAAAUCAACUUUAAGCCAUCUUUCCGUGAAUUCAGUUCGGGUCAGAACGUGUAUUUCCUCUCCGGUAACCUUCGUAUGGAAAAAUGGAUUCCUGGUGUGAUCGCCGUUCGACUGGGAGAUUUACACUAUGAAAUCGAAUAUUCUGGUAAACGAUUCAAGCGCCACAUCGACCAAAUUCGUUCGAGAUUCGGCCCUCAAGAUCAUCAGGCGAUUGAAGCAUCGGACGUAGAAGAAUCAAGCCAACAAGCUGCAUCAAGGCACGUUCAUUUUUACGGCAACGACAGCACGCUUCAUAAUGCACCUUCAACUCCAAUCAACUUUAGAAGUGCUCCUACUGACCAAGGAUCACCAGAGUUCUACACUCCAUCUGCAAGCCCAGUGGACAGCCCCGUUCCUCGAGAUCCUCCUUCGAUCAUCGUUCGCCGUUCGACACGAAUCCGUCAUCCUCCUCGCAAGUAUUCACCGUAG